AUGAGAUACUCCCACGCUCUGUCCGGUCUUUUGACCGUGGCCAUGAGUGCUUCUGGCUUCGCCCAGAUGACUCCUGGUACCACCACUGAGGACUUCACCACCACUGGCGGUAUGAACGUUCCCACUUCGGUCACCAGUGCUCUCCCCGACACUGCCAUUGACACCACCACCAUGACCGAUACCAUGACUGGUACCAUGACCACUAUGGUCAAGCCCACCAAGACCGCCAGCCCCGAGGUCUGCUGCUACCAGUGUACCACUGUGUAUGACGAGUGUUGUGCCAUCCCUGGCGCUGACAUCGCCAUCUGCAAGGAGAAGUACACUAUCUGCCUUGGCUACAACCCAUGGGACAUUGUCCCUUACGUCGAGCCCACCGUCUGCGUCUACGAGCCUUACCCUCCCAAGCACGACGAUGGCAAGUGCGUUUGUGGCACUGGAAGCUGCUUCACCCCCGACAUCUGCGCCUACGAAUGUACCACCGUUUACGACCAGUGCUGUUCCGUCCCCGGCGCUGAUAUCGCCAUCUGCAAGGAGAAGUACACUGUCUGCCUCGGUUACAACCCAUGGGGCGUUACCCCCUACGUCAAGCCCUCCGUCUGCAAGCAUGAGAAGCAGUACUACAUUGACUACGAGUCCAAGUAUGACGAGCACUACUUCUACGAGAAGUACAGCUCUUACUACGAAUCUGGUUCUUACUCUUACUCUUCUCACGGCACUUCUUCUUACCACGAGGGUUACUACACCGCUGAAUACUGCUGCCUCGAGUGCACUACCAUUUACGAUGAGUGCUGCGCUAUUCCUGGUGCUGAUAUUGCCAUCUGCAAGGAGAAGUACACUGUUUGCCUCGGAUACAACCCUUGGGACGUUACCCCCUACGUCAAGCCCUCUGUCUGCAAGCACGAAGAGUCUUACUACAAGGAGUACGAGACCAGCCACGGAAAGGACUACUACAACUCCAAGUACGACAGCUCCAGCCACAAGGAGGUCGAGAUCACUGUUGAGGAGUGCUGUGUCCAGUGCACCACUGUCUACGAUGAGUGCUGCUUGAACGGCGACAUUGAGGUCUGCAAGAAGGAGUACAUUGUCUGCCUCGGUUACAACCCCUGGGACGUUGUUCCUUACGUUAAGCCUACCGUCUGCAAGUCCAUCAGCUCCGGUUCCAACUCCAAGGGUGACUACGGCCACAAGGAGGUUGAGGUUACUGUUGAGGAGUGCUGUGUCCAGUGCACAACUGUCUACGACGAGUGCUGCCUGAAGGGUGACGUUGAGGUUUGCAAGAAGGAGUACAUCGUCUGCCUUGGCUACAACCCUUGGGAUGUCGUUCCUUACGUCAAGCCCACUGUCUGCAAGACUGUCACCUCCGGCUCCAACUCCAAGGGCGACACUGGCUACAACGGCAAGGGUGAUACUGGUUACAACGGUUCCAAGUCUGGCUCUGAGGAGGAGUGCUGUGUUCAGUGCACCACUGUCUACGAUGAGUGCUGCUCCAUUGACGGCCACGACAUUGAGACCUGCAAGAGCGAGUACACCGUCUGCCUUGGCUACAACCCCUUCGAUGUUACCCCCUACGUCAAGCCUACUGUCUGCAAGCACGAGAGCUCCGGUUCCAACUCCAAGACCGGUGGUGACUCUGGCUACAACGGCAAGGGCGGCAACUCUGGUUCCAACUCCAAGACUGGCGGCGACAAGUCUGGCAGCAACAGCAAGUCCAACUCUGGAUCUGACGAGGAGUGCUGUGUUCAGUGCACCACUGUCUACAAGGCCUGCUGUGACGCUUCUGGUGCUAUCAUCGAGACCUGCAAGGAGGCCUACUCUGUCUGCCUCGGAUACAGCCCCUGGGAUGUUACCCCUUACGUCGAGCCUACUGUGUGCAAGCACGGAAAGCCUUCUGGCGAUGAUGUUGUCAUUGUCUCUGGCGGUGACCGUGUCCGCCCCGUUCUGGCUCUCAUUGCCGUCGGUGCCUUCGCUCUGCUCUGUUAG